AUGUCGACGCAAGAGUUCAAGCAGGCGCCGCACAAGCUGCUUGUCAUUCCGGGACCCAUCGAGGUCGCCGACGACGUGCUCCUGGCCAAUGCUCACCCGGCCAUGUCGCACGUUUCACCUGACUUCAUUCCCGUCUUUGGUGACUGCAUCCGCAUGCUUCGAGAGGUACUCUUUGCGCCCAACUCGCAGCCCGUGUUGACUGCUGGUUCCGGCACGCUUGGCUGGGACCAUGUCGCCGCCAAUGUCAUUCAACCUGGCGAGGAGGCGCUCGUUCUCAACUCGGGCUACUUUGGCGACAGCUUUGCCGAUUGCCUGGAGACCUACGGUGCCAAGGUGGACCAGAUCAAGGCACCCAUUGGCUCUAAGCCUUCGCUCACUGAGGUGGAAGAAGCCCUGAAAAAGAAGCAGUACAAGGUGCUGACUUUCACUCACGUCGACACUUCCACUGGUGUGUUGAGCGACGCCAAGGGACUCGGAGAGCUUGUCAAGCGCGUCAGCCCCGAAACCAUCUUGGUGCUCGACGGCGUCUGCAGUGUGGGAAGCGAGGAAAUCCGUAUGGAGGAGUGGGGCAUCGAUGUUGUCCUGACCGCCACCCAGAAGGGUCUCGGCUGCCCUCCUGGCCUGAUGGUGCUCGCUGCCAGCAAAAAGGCCAUCGCCGCCUUUGAGAAGCGUACGGUGCCUCCCAACAGCUACUUUGCCUCUUGGUCGAGGUGGCUGCCUGUUAUGAAGGCGUACGAGGCUGGCACUGGUGCUUACUUUGCUACGCCUCCUACCAACCUCAUCUACGCACUGCACGCCAGUCUGACCACAAUUACCAAGGGAUCGCCUUCGCUCGAGGACCGAUUCCAGCAGCACGUGGCUGCGUCGGACCGUGUCAAGGACUUUGUUUCGCAGCUCGGGCUGAAGCAGCUCGCCGCUGACGGCAAGAAGGAUGGCGCACACGGCAUGACUGCUGUGCGCUACCCAGAGGGCCUCAAGGCGACCGACCUGCUGCCUAAACUUGUGGCCAAGAACAUUGUAGUGGCUGCUGGUCUACACAAGCAGGUCAAGGACGAGUACUUCCGUAUUGGUCACAUGGGUAUCACGGUUGUCAACGACAAGGAGCGUGGUGACAUCGAGUACCUGCUUACCAGCAUCAAAGAAGCUCUCGCCGAGGCAGGCUACAAGCCCUAG